CGGUGAGGAGCUGAGUGGAUCCACGGUGAGGAGCUGUGGAUCCACGGUGAGGGGCUGAGUGGAUCCACGGUGAGGGGCUGCGUGCCACAGCUCCCUCGGUGAGUGACGGCGGCAGCUGCUGCUGGAGCACGAACCCCCUCAUGGGACGACGCAGUCCUGCAGCGCCUGAUCUGGAGGCAACGUGAGGAGCGCGCAUAACUCCAGAAAACGGACGACUGCAAGGUCCCCCGACCCUCCCCUGACCUCCCCCCACCCCCGCUCCCGCUCCCCCUGCGCGCACCGACAGCUGCCGAAGCGCAGACACCGGGGAACUUGGAGAGGUCAGAAAGCCGCCGUGGACGGAGGGGAAGAAUCCAUCGGCACUUGUCCCUUCCAAAGCCCAAAGACUGUGGACACGUAGCAUGGGAGCGAAAUGUUGUCCAGGAAAGGACUCAUUCCGGAGGAUUACCUGCUCACCCGGCUGGCCGAGGACGUCCUGCUGCAGCCCAAGUUCAAGGCCAGUCAGGGGAAGGCGCGCUUCGUCUCCAAGAACGGCACCUGCAACGUAGCGCACACCAACAUCCGAGAGCAGGGUCGGUUCCUGCAGGACGUGUUCACCACGCUGGUGGAUUUAAAAUGGCUCCACACGCUCAUCAUCUUCACCAUGUCUUUCCUGUGCAGCUGGCUCCUUUUCGGGAUGGUGUGGUGGCUCGUCGCCUUUGCGCACGGCGACCUGGACCAGAGAGGGGACGACUUCGUCCCGUGCGUCACGGACAUCCACUCCUUCUCGUCCGCGUUCCUCUUCUCCAUAGAGGUGCAGGUGACCAUCGGCUUCGGCGGCCGCAUGAUCACGGAGGAGUGCGCGUCCGCCAUCAUCAUCCUGAUCGUGCAGAACAUCGUGGGGCUGAUCAUCAACGCCAUCAUGCUGGGCUGCAUCUUCAUGAAGACGGCGCAGGCGCACCGGCGCGCAGAGACGCUCAUCUUCAGCAAGCACGCCGUCAUCUCGCUGCGCAACAAGAAGCUGUGCUUCAUGGUGCGCAUCGGGGACCUGAGGAAGAGCAUGAUCAUCAGCGCCACCGUGCGGAUGCAGGUGGUGAGGAGGAGCACCACCGACGAGGGGGAGCUGGUGCCGCUGGACCAGAUCGACAUCCACAUGGAUAACCCGGUUGGCACCAACGGGAUCUUCCUGGUGUCCCCCCUCAUCAUCUCCCACGUCAUGGACAAGGACAGCCCCCUGUACGGGCUGUCCCCGCAAGACCUGCAGCACGACCACGUGGAGGUGAUCGUGGUGCUGGAGGGCGUGGUGGAGACCACCGGCAUCACCACGCAGGCGCGCACCUCCUACGUGUCGGAGGAGAUCCUGUGGGGCCAACGCUUCGUGCCCACGGUGUCCGAGGAGGACGGCAUGUACGCGGUGGACUACUCCAAGUUCGGCAACACCGUGAAGGUGCCCACGCCCUGCUGCAGCGCCCGGCAGCUGGACGAGGCCGGCGGCCUGCGGGGCUUCAGGAUGAGCGAGGGCGGCCCCCUGCGGGCCUCCGUGAGGAGACGGAGGGGCUGCAGCGUGGGGGCCCGCAGGUCCAGGGUGGAGAUCCUCUGAGACCCACCAUUAGGGUUGCCACCUUUCAGAAAUAGAAAUAAGGGACACCCCGAUUUCAGCAGCGCAGGGCCAAAAAAAAGGGACAUCCCCAAAACGUCUAAACUGCAUAGAAAUGUGUUUAUUUUAUAUGAAAAAACAAAAUGAUUUGAUUUUAAGUUUAAAUUGCUUUAAUAGCACUGAACUUGCAUGACUGUACAGACCGCCAACCAUACUAGCAGCUGAAAUAGCCUCCUAUGUAUGUCCACAUCAGCCCAGAUGUAGAAUAACAAGUGAAGGUCGGAAAAUUAGAAUAUGGUGUAAAGUUAAUUUAUUUCAAUAAUUCAACUUAAAAGGUGAAACUAAUAUAUUACCUAGUCUUAUUACAUGCAAAGCAGAUAUGUUAAGCAUUUAUUUGUUAUAAUCUUGAUGAUUGAAUUGUUUAUUGAUUAAAAUAUUCUAAUUUUUUGAUAUUUUUUAUUUGGGGUUUUCAUAAACUGUGAGACUUAAUCAUCCAAAUUAUAACAAAUAAAGGCUUGAAAUAUCUCACUUUGAAUGCAGUGGGAAAUAAUACAUUCACCAAUAGUUGAAUUUACCACGAAUGAAGUUUUGCAAUAUAUUCAAAUGUUCAGACCUUCACCUGUAUAUCAUGACAUCAAUUAAUAAGGGCAUAAUAUGUGUCCGUAUUGGUUCAAUACGGAACGCAACUUUUAAUUCCCAAUUACGUAAAAAUUCUGUAUUUCAAGGGACGGGUGGCGACCCUACCCACCAUGGUCCGCAGGUCCAGGGUGGAGAACCUCUGAGGCCUCCUGCAUGACCACGGACUGUUUAGAAAAAAAUAAAGAUGAUUGAAUAAUCAAAUCUUAGUUAUUGUAUAACAAAUAUUUUACGGAUUAUAAAUAAUCAAUAAUCCACAUCAGCUUUACCAACUCAGUGGGAUGUACACACAUUGACUUGUUCUACUCAGGGUCCUCAGAUCAAUGCACAAGGGCAGGCUGGGACUGGAGGACGCGAGUCCUGGUGUCCAGAGUGAGCUGUCUUUUAUAAUUGUGAGUGACUGCAUGGAUUUGAAAUGAAUAAAAGAGGUGUUUUUAUUUAAACAUG